AUGCGAGACACCUUGAGGACGCCUCGAUCACCAUCAGAGCCCUCAGCGGCCUUCCCAGCACUUCCAGCUACUGAGUUGGGCUCCAUUCUGAACUCCAACACUUCUCCGGAACCACCGACAAACGGGCUAGCCUCGCCCCCGAACGGCAAUGCCUCUACAACUGAUACUCAUGCCUCCGUAACAUCCUCUCCUCCUCCGCGGCUCCUGUCCCAACUUCCAUACUCCCUCCGCGACCACAAACAAAGCAUUGCCGUAAUAUGGACACUCGCCCUCGAUGCGGCAAUCAUACCUCUCGUACUCUUCUACCCUCUGUGGUACGACACUAGUCUUUUGCCGGCAUACAUAUUCGCAAUAACCACGGCAUUAGUUGGGAUGAUAAGUGGGCUAGAUUACACGACUGGGUAUGGGAUCAGGUUGGUCGAGCUCAUCGUUGGCGCCACGCCUCAACAACCUUUCAUCCGCCUCUGCGCCAUGCCUCCUCCCUCCUUCAUCCUCUUCAUGGGCGGCGCGCUCCUCCUCUUCUCCAUCUUCCAAGCCUUCCACAUACCCGAUCCUUUUGAAAAAUGCUCACAGGAGAAAAACGCUCCAGCGCGUCCAGGAACCUACAUGAUCAUCGAAGACGUCAUGGCAGUAGACACGGACGUGGGAAGGGCCUACCGGAGAGCGAUCAAUGAGAGAUACGAGGCUACAAUACUGGCACUUUGUGUGGGGGCGGGGGUGACGGCGGCGGUCGUGGAUAACAGGGUGCCGCAGAUUGUUGUAUAUGGUAUAGCGAGGUGUGAGCAAGUUUGCGACACUGAAGCCAACGCACCACAAUCUUUGUGA